AUGCAGAGUAAGGAAGGCAGGCAGACGGGCAGGCAGAGAGAGGCAAGCACUCUCCCACCUCUAUUGAAUCAUCUCAUUUGUAUGGGUCUCUAUUUGAUUACUCUUGCACGCAGUCAAUUCCAAGCGAAACAAACUCAAUUAGCAGCAGAACUGAACGUGAAUGACGACUAUGGAUACGCGCCAUUGAACAACACUAACCUACAAAUGCAUUAUCAUUUCAUGUUCACUCUAUGUUCACUCAAACCGGACGGGAAAUUAAACCGGCACGGAGGGAAAGAGAAGGGUCAAGAAUGCCCUGGGUCUAUGAAAGCGGUCGACCAACCAUCGGCCGGGUCUACAGGACCUUCGGGUUUGGCUCCCCGCGCUGCACCUGUCAACGAGGGUCGCGAAGCCGCACGUACAUCAGCUUCGGUCACGGAGGCUCCCAUGGGAACUGACCUUAACGCUUUUUUUGACGGACUGACGGCCGCCUUGAGAGAAACCCCGGUUAUUGAUUAUGUGCCGAAACCAUGUAGGGAAAAAGUAAUAAAAGAAUUGAUAGGGGGUCGAAGAUUCAACCAGGGUAAUCAUGUUAACAAACGAUUGGCAGAUUACUCUACAUUGGAGGUUGAGUCUAUUGCGGCUGGCUUUGAAAUCGACAAUACAAUAAAGCCACGAAAAAACAAUCCAAACAGUUGGAUUCAAACCGCAAUCGCCCGCAUAGAACAGGGCAAUCUUUCGGCGGCUGUCAGGCUUGUUUGCUCUCCCGAGGGUCUGGCGGGGGACUCGCCUGAGACAUUGGUUAGACUCAACGCCAUCCACCCCAGGUCACCAUCGGACAGGCGAGUCUUUCCUGCACCGGAAACCGUAAAUGGUUGCGUUUCACCCACCCAGGUGUUGUCAGCCCUGAAGUCAUUUAGGAAUGGUUCGUCUGGAGGUCUUGACUGCCUAAGACCCCAGCACAUUAAAAAUUUAAUUUCAGGCCCACUGCCCAUUGACGAGUUUGUAAGCUCCCUAACACAGUUUAUAAAUAUAAUUUUAUCUGGCGCGUGCCCAUCCGCCGCCAGCCGUUUCUUUUUCGGGGAGUCCUCGGGAAUUUCCGCGUUGGAUGGAAAACGUCCGGAUGGCUGCACGUUGAUUCCUUGGAGAGCCGGUAGAUGCCUGGCGUGGGACGUAACCGUUCCGGGCACAUUAGCGGAACGGUACGUGCACUUAACUAGCAAAGAAAGUGGUUUGGCCGCAACCAGGGCAUCGGAUGAAAAGUUUAAAAAAUAUGAAGGUGCCCUGCCCUCGAUGGAUUUUUUACCUGUUUGUAUCGAGGUUCUUGGCCCGAUGGACAACAACACUUCAAUAUUUUUUAAAAAGAUUUGCAAAAUGAUAAGUGGCAGGUCCGGCGACAGCAGAGAGCUAUUUUUCGCCAUGAAUCAUAUAUCUUGUUUGCUGCAAAGUUUGCCCAAAUUGAUGUACUUCCUGCGUACAUCCAAACACAUUGACCAUUCUAAAUUGGGCGAAUUUGACGGAGCCCUGCGCACCGCCCUGUCGUCGAUUUGCAAUGUUCAAGAACCAUCCGGCAUUUCUGCGCAUGAUGGUAGGCGCCCGGACAGAUGCACACUAAUACCUUGGAGAGUCGGCAGAUGUUUGGCGUGGGAUGUUACGGUCCCUGGCACCCUUGCCGAACGAUAUGUAAACCUGACAAGUAAAGAAUGCGGUUUGGCCGCGGCCAGGGCAGCGGACGAGAAAAUGAAAAAAUAUGGGAACGCCCUCCCCUCGAUGGAAUUCUUGCCAAUAUGUAUCGAGGUUCUCGGCCUGAUGGACCCCAACAUCCUUAAAUUUCUUAAGGCAAUAUGUAAAAUGAUCAGCGUCAGAUCAGGCGACAGCAGGGAACUGUUUUUCGCAACUAACCACAUUUCGUGCUUGUUGCAGCGGUUCCUGCGUGUCUGUGUGCUUGAAAAUAUCCAACUGAAUGCCGACAUGUGCAAUUAA